AUGUAUCAGUCUUCCGUUCGGGUAUGUGUUGCCGUACAGGAGCGAUAUUAUCUCCCGCUCCCUGUUCGAGCCAUUAUUAACGAGUUCCCGAACAGGAGCUCCCGUACCCGACAUGGCCAAACUUGCCAGAUCGGACCAUACUCUAACGUCUUGUCUACUCAUGCGCAGGCGCCCAUAUCCAUGAUGCGCGAACGAGACCGCCGUGAUCCGUACAAGGGUCGGUCAGCAGAAUGA